AUGUGUCUGCACGUCAAGGACGAUGAGCCAGCCCAAGUCUCCCCGGAAGGACCCAGACGGCAUUACCCUUCAGAUGUGACUGCCAAACAAUCUGCACAGCAACGCAUUCAGCACAUGCAGAACAUACGCAAGGAGAAAAAGAAGCUAAGCAAGAUGUUCGCAAGACCUGCUCCAGUUCCAGAGCCCGGACUCCUGGUGAGUACAGCACUCCACUGA